AAACUGGAAAGAGGUCGAGCUUCCAAAGGCUUAUACUCUGUCGAGAAAAUGAUAAGCACCGUCGGAACUGGCGGCGUUCGAAUUAGCAGCUAUCUCCGGCUUCCAUACACGGCGGAGACGCCUCUCCUUCUUCCCAACGUGCUCUUCUUCCGCCGCUGCAGCCGCCGCUUCUUCACAUCCUGCUCUGCCUCCUCGACGAAGCAGAAAGUUAUUGUCAUUUCGGGACCCACCGGUGCCGGCAAAAGCAAGCUAGCAUUAGAGCUCGCUAAGCGACUUAAUGGUGAAAUCAUCAGCGCUGAUUCUAUCCAGGUGUAUCGAGGGCUUGAUGUAGGUUCAGCGAAGCCUUCCAUCCAUGAAAGAGAGGAAGUAGUACAUCAUCUGGUUGACAUAUUGCAUCCAUCCGAAGAUUAUUCCGUUGGACAAUUUUUUGAGGAUGCAAGGCAAACUACCAGAGAUAUACUUGAUAGGGGCCGUGUUCCUAUAGUUGCUGGUGGUACUGGAUUAUAUUUACGAUGGUUUAUUUAUGGGAAGCCAGAUGUUCCAAAAGCAUCUCGAGAGAUUACCUCUGAAGUCUACUCUGAGCUUGCAAAUUUACAGAAUGAUUAUGACUGGGAUGCUGCUGUUCAGUUGUUGGUUAAAGCUGGUGAUCCUGGUGCCCAGUCUUUAGCGGCAAAUGAUUGGUAUCGCUUGCGCCGCAGGCUCGAAGUUAUUAAGUCUAGUGGGUCACCUCCAUCAGCCUUUGAAGUACCAUAUAAUUCUUUCAGAGAACAGCUUGAUUCAGGUGUAGCAGAUGUUGCCGAUGUCAAGAAUUCUGCUGACAAAUUGCAGCUGAGUAACAAAAAGGAUUUGGAGUAUGAUUUUCUUUGUUAUUUCCUUUCCACCAAUAGGCUGGAUCUCUAUAGAUCAAUUGAUUUCCGGUGCGAAGAUAUGCUUUUAGGAACAGAUGGAAUUCUAUCUGAGGCAAGGUGGCUUCUUGAUUUGGGUCUUUUGCCAAACUCAAAUUCUGCUACUCGAGCAAUUGGUUACCGACAAGCAAUGGAAUACCUUCUACGAUGUAGAGAAUAUGGAAGUUGGAAUUCUGCUGGGGACUUCUAUGAGUUUUUAUCUGAAUUCCAGAAAGCAUCUAGAAAUUUUGCAAAAAGGCAGAUGACUUGGUUUCGCAAUGAACAGAUUUAUGAGUGGCUAGAUGCUUCUAAACCUUUGGAAAAGGUGCUAAGCUUCAUAUGUGAUUCAUACAGCAGUCAGGAAGGCCAUCUCCAGGUGCCUGAGUCGCUUCGUAUGAAGAAAGAUAUUAGAAACCCCCGCCAAGUAGCAGAGCUGAAGGCCUAUCGUACUAGAAAUAGGCAUUUCAUUGGGCGUGAGGAUUGUGCUGAUGUUCUAGACUGGAUAAGGACAAUCUAUGGUGAAGCCACUGUGUCUUCUUUGAUAACCAACAGCUAGAUUGCUUUGAGUUGUUCACAUUUUUGUGGAGUACUCUCGGGAACCCCUUCAGGCAACACUUUUAAGAGAAUUAUCUUUCUCUACUUCUGUUGCGUUACGAAGGUUGAGGUUGUUAUGAAUGAAGAGAGGGUAGCAGCUGAUAAGGCAAUCGGGCUGUGAUUGGCUCGACGUCAAUCUGUACUUGAGAUUUUUUUUUGUAAAUGUAGGAUUCAGUACCUGAACUACUAUCAGCCAGAAAACCAUACGUUUUCCAUGCUUGAGGAUUUGGAGAGGAUGUUGUUGGAAUAUUGUAUUUCAUUUCUAGUGUCCAGCUCACAUCAACUUAUUACUGGCCUCCCACAACCAAAGUCUCGUCUUUUGAUGAGAGCCAGAUAAUACGCACUUAAGUUCUAUA